GGCAGAACAGAACCUGUAUGAGGGCUGGGCUUCCUCAAACAAGAAUUUCCGGGCAAAAUCAGAAGCAUAAUUUGGAUUCAGGGGCAGACAAGAGACGGAACCGGCGGUUCGGGCACAGCGCACAACGGUAAAAGAGGAAGACAGAGCCGGGCCGGAGCACGGGGGAGAAGCCGGGGGAGCCGAACCAUGGUGAUGUGAACACCCAAAACCUCGUCCCCUUUCGCCACAGCGUGAGUGGAAGACGGUCUUGCAAGCGCGGCAAGCCAUGGGGAAAGACUACUACAAGACCCUGGGCAUCCCCAAGGGCUCCAACGAGGAGGAGAUCAAGAAGGCGUAUCGGCGCAUGGCGCUGCGCUUCCACCCUGACAAGAAUACAGACGCCGACGCCGAGGAGAAGUUCAAGGAGAUCGCCGAGGCCUACGAGGUGCUCGGGGACCCCAAGAAGAGGCUCGUCUAUGACCAGCUCGGGGAGGAAGGUUUCAAGACCGGAGGUAGCAGCUCAUCCGGUGCUCCUGGUACCUCAACGCAGCACUACACCUUCCACGGAGACCCCCACGCCACCUUCGCCUCCUUCUUCGGCGGCUCCAAUCCAUUCGAUAUGUUUUUCAGCUCCAACCGCAACCACGGCCGCGCCAACGGUUUCUCCUUCCACAGCGACCACGCUAACGACGCCGAGCAGGACGCGGACAUGGACGACGACGACCACUUCGCUCACUUCGGGAGGCAAUUUGGCUUUGCGGGAGGGAUGAAAAACGGCUUCCCGGGCGAAGGCCGCAGACGAAGGGGCGGGCCCUCGGAGUGCCCGGGGGGAGCUCGCAAGCAGCAGGACCCCCCGGUGGUCCACGAGCUGAAGGUCUCACUGGAGGAGAUCUUCCACGGCUCCACCAAGCGUAUGAAGAUCACACGCCGCAGGCUGAACCCAGAUGGGAGGAGCUUGAGGACCGAGGAUAAGAUUCUCAACAUUGUGAUCAAGAAGGGCUGGAAGGAGGGCACCAAGAUCACCUUCCCCAAGGAGGGCGACCAGACCCCCGAGAAUAUUCCCGCUGACGUUGCCUUUGUGCUCAAAGACAAGGGCCACACCCACUUCAAGCGAGAUGGUUCCAAUAUCAUUUAUAACUGCAAGAUCAGCCUCAAAGAGGCGUUGUGCGGCUGCACAGUCAGCAUCCCCACGCUGGAAAAGCGCCUCAUCUCCCUGCCCUGUCAUGACAUCGUCAAACCCGGGACGGUCAAGCGACUCCGAGGGGAAGGCCUGCCGUUCCCCAAGAACCCCUCGCAACGCGGUGAUCUCAUUCUGGAGUUCUCGGUGCGUUUCCCGGACAGGAUCUUGCCUCAGUCCAAAGAGAUUAUCAGACUGCACCUUCCUCCAUCAUAAGAAUUACGUACAAAGAUGGAUCUGGAUCCUCUCCUCCAGUAUGUGAACCCUCCCAUGAUCGUUGUUUCUCUUCUCAGCAUUUUUACAGGUACUGUCUGGAUUCACAGCUUGGAGGCUAUGAAAUUAUACACUCACCUGACACUUUAUUCGAUAAAAAUGCACAAUCUAAUAAGAUCCAGUGUAAGAGCUGGAACAAGAAUUCGGCCUUGACAAAGGUUUUGAUUGACACUAUCAGAGACACAAUCUUUAUUACUGUUGUUGUGGUUUACAGUGGGGUAGAAUUACACUGCAUCAUACCAAGAGACAUUUCUAACAAUUUGUUUACCUUUAUUGAGCAACAGGAGAAGGAAAAUAAAGUAUGGCUUGAGUGUACUUCCACAAAUAGUUCAUAGACGCCAUGCAUCAAUUCAUUGCCGGCUGCAUCACGUCACAGACGUCACUGCGAAAUGAUGGAUGUUGGUGUUGUACAAUGUGAUACUGGUAUCACAUAAUUACAGUAUAAUAAUAUAUGUGUAUCCCUGCAUACUCGCGGGUUGGCACCCACGGAUUAACCUACCCGCAGAUUUUUU